AUGCUGAGCAACGGAACGGCACGUCCUUCUGAGAGCUCCUGGGCAUCUCCUUUACAUAUGGCUCCCAAAAAAGGCAAUGGGUGGCGCCCCUGCGGAGACUACAGGCUACUCAACGCACGCACCAUACCAGAUAAGUACCCAAUCAGACACAUUCAUGAUUUUUCGCACAACAUAUCAGGAUGCACCGUAUUCUCGACUAUCGACCUUGUCAAAGCGUACAACCAGAUCCCCGUCUUUGAGGAGGACAUCCAGAAAACGGCAAUCACCACACCGUUUGGUUUGUACGAGUUCCCAUGCAUGACCUUCGGACUCCGGAACUCCGCACAAACGUUCCAAAGGUUUGUAGAUGAAAUUACUAGAGGACUGGAUUUCUGUUACUGUUACUUAGAUGACUUCUUAGUAUUUUCUGGAAGUGCUACUGAGCACGAACAUCACCUCAAUAUUCUCUUUGGCCGAAUGAAGCAGUACGGAGUACUGGUGAACACCUCUAAGUGUGUAUUUGGUUCAUCACAGGUACAGUUUCUGGGGUACCACAUUUCAGCUGCAGGUACUAAGCCACUGGAGUCAAAAGUUCAAGCCAUUAAAGAAUUCCCUAAGCCCCGAACAGUCAAAGCGCUCAGACGUUAUUUGGGCAUGCUUAAUUUCUAUAGGCGGUUCUUACCAGAAGCCGCAAAAAUUCAAGCACCCUUAAACGCCUUAUUAACUGGUUCGGUGAAGGCUUCACAAGCUAUAGACCUGACAGGCGACGCUCUAACAGCUUUUGAGCAGUCCAAGGACAGUCUUUGCAAUGCUGCCCUAUUAGCACAUCCCGAUUGCCAAGCCAAAUUAGCUCUGGUAACGGAUGCAUCAGACUUAGCAUUGGGUGCUGUACUGCAACAGUACAAAAAUGAUGCCUGGCAGCCAUUAGCAUUUUUUUCGCGAAAGCUUAGCCCAGCACAACAGAAGUACUCACCCUACGACCGUGAGUUGCUGGCUAUAUAUGAAGGCAUUAAGUAUUUUCGCCACAUGCUCGAGGCACGCCACUUCACAGUCUAUACUGACCAUAGGCCUUUAUGUUAUGCAUUCCAUGUAAGGAAAAGUAACUGUUCGCCGCGUCAGUAUAGACAUCUAGAUUUUGUGUCUCAAUUUACAAGCGACAUUCAGCACAUAUCCGGCAAGGAUAAUAUCGUUGCUGAUACUCUGUCGCGCGUGGAUGAAAUACAACAGCCGGUGGAUUUUAAAGAGCUCGCAAAAACUCAGUCCACAGAUUCUGAGCUAUCACAGCUUCUAGGCGAUGAAUCAUCACUUCGCAUUAUUAAAGUUAAAGAGCCCGACAGCAAAGUCGAAAUUUUUUGCGACAUAAGUCUAGGCAUACCAAGACCUUUCGUUCCCAAAAGUUUUCGAAAAGCUAUUUUUGACAGUCUACAUUCUUUAAGUCACCCUGGUGCAAACGCUACUGCUAAGCUGGUAGCACAGCGAUUCGUUUGGCCAGGAGUCAGAAAAGACUGCCGAGAAUGGUCUCGUACGUGCUUAGCCUGCCAGCGCUCUAAGGUAAACCGCCAUGUGUCAGCACCUUUAGGCACAUACGAUUUACCACGAGCCAGGUUUUCCUAUGUGCAUAUCGAUCUUAUUGGUCCACUCCCAUACUCGAAUAAUUUCCGCUACUGCUUAACAGCAGUUGACCGUUUCACGAGAUGGGCAGAAGUUAUGCCCAUAGCGGAUAUUACAGCCGAAACUGUAGCGAAGGCACUCCUAUCAGGUUGGAUCGCCAGAUUUGGUUGUCCAACUGACAUAGUGACGGACCGUGGACGGCAGUUCGAAUCCCAUUUAUUUAAUUAUCUAUCGAAAAUAAUCGGAUUCAAACACCGCAGAACCACAGCUUACCAUCCCGCUUCUAAUGGCCUAGUGGAAAGAUUCCACCGACAGCUGAAGACAGCUAUUACAUGUCACGCUGAUAGCAACUGGACGGAAUCUUUACCUCUAGUACUAUUGGGCAUCAGAAGCGCAUUUAAAGCUGAUCUGCAGUGUUCCUCAGCAGAACUCGUCUACGGCGAGCCUUUAAGACUCCCAGGCAAAUUUUUCGAAAGCACAGUAAGCACCACAACUGACAUUACGGAUUUUACUGCACGAAUUCGUUCAGUUUGUGAGAAACUGCAGCCUCGUCCCGCAUCACGGCAUAAUAAAAAUAAAAUAUUUAUAUAUAAGGAUCUCGCUAAUUCCAGCCACGUAUUCCUUAGGGAAGACCGGCUGAAAAGCACCUUCCAUCCUGCAUAUUCCGGUCCACAUGAAGUGACCGAAAGAGGUGAUAAAGUAUUUAAGAUCAUCGUUAAAGGUAAGCAGAUAACAGUUUCUAUAGACCGUCUGAAACCGGCCUAUAUGCUGAACACCGAUCCGCCUUACGACGUCUCUCCUGAUUGCAGCCCCAAAGUCAUGGACGGCAGUUUAGAAAACCGGAAAACUACAAGGGCCGGUAGGCAUGUCAGAUUUCCUGAUUUUUAUCGACCGUAG